AUGAUGGGGGGAGAGAUGUUGUAUUAUUUUGUCAAUCAGAUCAAGGGGAUCAACCUCAGCGUCGACGAUGACAUCAUUGACAAACUAAACUACUACUACACUUCUACCAUCAUUAUAGGUAAGUAAAUGGUGUCGUUCGCCGUUGUGUUCCUGUAUGACUUGUGGUGUUUUGUUAUGUAGGUUGACUUAGUACUUCCACUCAAUAUGGCUCCACCACAAGUUGUAUUCCGGAGCAUGUAAAACCUCAUUGUAACCUAAUUUAUUGUUUUUGUUUUGGCCGCGAGGCAUUUAAGCACCUCCGACCAGUGGUAACUAAACUCUUGACGUUGGUCGUUUUAGUCUUUGCCAUAUUAGUGACUGGAAAACAAUAUGUGGGACACCCGAUCCAGUGCUGGGUGCCGGCUACGUUCACCGAGCCCAUGGAACAGUAUACCGAGAACUAUUGUUGGGUUCAGAACACUUAUUUUCUGCCUCUGGGCGAGUUUAUUCCCUUCGAGAAAGCGGAGCGGGAGAAUCGCCAAAUUGGAUAUUAUCAAUGGGUUCCGUUCAUCCUGGCGCUUGAAGCCGUCUUCUUCUACGUCCCGACGCUCGUGUGGAGAUUCUUGACAUGGCAGACAGGUAAGUACUAUAAUAUAAAUAGGCAACAUUCUUUGGCUAUAUAUAUCGACCUUAAAUAAACUUUUACACAAAAAAACGUUGAUAUUGUGAUCUUAUACACCUCUUCGAAAAAAUGCUGGACACGUUAUACAUGAAUACAAUUUUAGGUAUUCACGUGCAAUCUCUGGUCAACAUGGCAUGUGAAUCCAGAGUUCUCGACUACGAAUCGCGACAAAGAGCUCUACAAACAAUCGCGACUAAUGUUCAGGAAUGUCUACACAUUAAAAACCAGGUGAGAAAUUUGCAAAAAUCUUGUAGAAUUCAAAGAGCAAUUUACGAAAAAAAAAUUUAAAUGAAUAAACAAAAUAAAAAAUUCCUUUAAAUUAAAAUUACACAUAAAACUUGUCUUAUUUUUCGUUUAGAAACACAUAGAGUAUCCCUUUUUAUUAAUUUUACGACAUGUUAACCAUGAUGUUUUGAAUUCCAAGAAAACCAUUAUAAAUAACUAAUGUCACAAGGAGUAGAAUUAACGAUUUCAGCUGGGAACAAAGAAAUUAAAACUGCUAAACAUAUUCAUAUGUACCAGAAGCAGUGGAGCAGCUGUGACGACCCUCUACAUAGCCACCAAAGCAUUGUAUACCAUAAACGUAUUUGCUCAAAUCAUGUUGUUGAACACUUUUUUGGGAGCUCGGGACAAGUUCUAUGGCAUCGAAGUGUUGGGUGACAUAUUGAACGGUCGAGAAUGGUCGGAAUCUGGUCAUUUCCCGAGAGUCACGUUGUGUGAUUUCGAAGUUAAGGUACGUACGGUGGUUAGCUAUGUUAUUGUUUUAAGGAAUGGAUAUCAUUUUGUUAAGCUUUGUGGUAUAACACCUAUAAAUUUUCAUAAAUUUUUUAUCUUUUGUCAUAAUUUUAGGUUUUGGGGAACGUUCACCGGCACACUGUGCAAUGUGUCCUUAUGAUUAAUAUGUUUAACGAGAAAAUAUUUUUGUUUCUUUGGUGUUGGUACAUUAUUUUGGGUACAGCGACAUUCUGCUCAUUAUUAUAUUGGAUAUACAUUUCGUACACUCCCUCAAGGUAAGCUACUAUCUUUUAUUAGAAACGGUAGUAUAUCAUGUUAGAAACAUAAUAUGUAGAUAACUGACUAUCUUUAAUAUUAUAAAUCAAACGUACCGUAGUUUUGAAUUUAUGUAUAAGUAGUAGGCCUACAAUUUAUUGCUAUAUUACCCCUAAAUCACAUUUUAUUCUUUAAUUAGUGCUUUACUCUACUGAUAUUAUGUUUGCAGGCAACUUAAUUUUGUCGGAAAAUAUUUGACUGGAAUCGAAGGCUACAAAAUGGUGGAUUCUCAGUCGCUACGAAGGUUCGUCCACCACUUCCUUCAUCAGGAUGGAGUCUUUUUGUUGAGGAUGGUAGCUACACAUGCAGGGGAAUUGUCGUGCUAUGAAUUGGCUAAGAAAUUAUGGACCAACUUCUGCGACAACAAGGAAGGAAAGAUUCAUGAUGUGUAG